AGAGUUGAGAGGACGUGAUUCACUCGAGUCGCGAAGGUUUGUUUUGCUAGUAACUGCUGAGCUAGCUCGCUGGGUAGUAUUUUACAUUAACGUUUGUUGAGCCUUGCAAUAUGUCAGUGUCUGAAGAAGGCACAGCAACUGUUGUUCCGUCUGUACUCAUUACAAGCUGUGACAUUGGCUUUAAAGAGGAGGAACUAAUUAAACAAAUCAUUGGUACAACGUCUUUGCCCCAGCCUUCUAAGCAGCAACAAUCUGUGAUUUGGUAUCCAUGGACGAUCAACAACAAGUACUACACAGCAGACGUCAGUCUAUGUGUGGUGCCCAGCACGUUCCAAAUGACAUCAGAGAUAGCGCAGUCCAUGCAAGCUUUUAUAGCUUACUUUGACAGUACAGUGAAGGAUGGUUUAGACAGGCUGUCUCCCUGGGUGUCUGUGGUUGAAGAUCUGGCUCCUGAGGUGCUUAUCCUGGUGUGUGACCGUGUAUGUGAGAGCGGUGUUACUCGACACGAGGCACAGCAGUGGUGUUUAGGCCAUGCCUUUGAGCUGGUGGAACUCAACCCUCAAGACCUACCAGAUGAAGAUGAUGACUUCCCAGAGUCCACCGGGGUGAAGAGGAUUGUCCAGGCCCUCAACGCCAACGUUUGGUCCAGUGUAGAAAUGAAGGAUGAGCACAAUCAGGGCUUUGGCCUAAUGAGCAGCCUAGUGGCCUCCAGACAUAACACCCCACGGCCCGGCCAAGAAUCCUCCUGCUCCAGUUUGCCAGGAGGGGGCGUAAAUGACAUCCAAGAGGCAGCAAGGACAGAGACCAGUGAAAACUCGGAGACACAGAUUGACACAUUAGUUGAUCCAAUGAUUGACGUGGACAUCCAGGAGCUGGCCAAUCUGACAGUCGGAGAUGCAGACGUAGAGAACUUUGAGCGUCUUUUUACCAAACUAAAGGAGAUGAAAGAAAAAGCUUCAUCCUUACCCCAUGAGCAGAGAAAAGUCCAUGCAGAGAAGGUGGCUAAAGCUUUUUGGAUGGCAAUCGGAGGAGACCAGGAUGAGAUCGAAGGCCUGUCAUCCGGAGAAGAGAGUUAAAACAUUAUUUUCCUAUGCUCCAACCCUGACACCUACCCCAGGGCUCCCAGACCCACUCCCAGACCCCCAGCCCCAGCCCCCCACUCCCAGCCCCCCAGACCCAGCCCCCCAGCUCCUAACACAGUGACCAGAGACUGGGUAGGACCCAAGCCAGACUGAGACCUCAUCAUCAUAUUUAUUUACUUCGGUCUCAGUGUGAAUUCAUGCUGUUGGAUUUUCUCAUUACGAACAGAGAACUUGGAAGCAAGUACACAAAUCUCAGUGGGUAGCUAUGGUAACGCUUGCUUACUGUGUCUCCUCUAAUGUUCUGUCAGCCAUGAGUGAAUCUGAAGACUUGAUGAUGGUAAAAGUUCAAAAUAAUCAUCAUGUACUGUAGGUGGAUUAGUCUGGUUUGUGUUUAGCUUUUGUGUUGAUCGUCCAUAUUUGUUCAGGGCACAAAUGCAAGUGAUAUGCCUGUCAUCAGAUAAUCAUUUUUAAGAUGUAAAUCUACAGGAUUUCACUUCUACAUACAUUGUUAAAGGCUCCUGAAUAAAUUUCCUCUAUAAUCAAGCACCAUGUCUAUUUCUACAGGUCUUAAAUCUUCCUUAAAUAAAUAUAUUGAACUUGAUAUAUCACAGCUGGAAAAUGACAGAACAUUACAUUAUUUACUUUAUUAAAGAACAUUGAAUGAAAUGGUCAUGGAUAACAAAACAGAUAGAUUCAACUAAACAUUAAGUAAAUAACAAGGAAAGUAACAUUUAUAAUAAAACGAAGCAAUUUUAAGAGUACAAAGGAAAAUAAGUACUGAUACUUGACAACACAUUAUUUCAUAUUUUUUACAAAACAUCUCCUUUUGGAGAGACAAACUACUUUGAUGCAGUAUUUCAGUUAAGUGCCAUAACUACUAAAAUAUAUUACAUAACUCACCAGUCUCCUUUUAAUCAAUGAGUACAGUAAUGUGAUUUGGCAGACAAAACAUGAGAACCAAUCAAGCACUGGUUUGUACUAUACCAUUUUUCUUUUUCUUAUUUUUUACAUACAGGAUUUAUAGAUUAUUUUCAGACACAUUGGGGUUUUGCAUGACUAAUAAAAAAUACUCUCAAAUAGAUCCUAAAUUCUAGUAAAAA